AUGUCAUUGAGAGUUUCUAGAACAAGGUUUUCAGGAUACUUCCCUUUUUCAAUUGAAAAGCUUGAUUCACUGAAUGAGUUUGUGGCUAGUCGUUGCAAUUUUUCAGGUUUGCUUCCGUCUUCACUCGGUAAUCUUAGGCGGCUGGUUUAUUUAGACCUUUCAAAUAACACACUUACUGGCUCAAUCCCUGCUUCUUUGGAAACCCUUACCCAACUGUCAUAUCUGUUACUUGAUAAUAAUCAUUUCAGUGGUUACAUCCCGCCUUCUCUUGGAAAUCUAACCCAGCUCACAACACUUUCGCUUGCAUCAAAUCAAUUAACUGGUGCAAUCCCAUCUUCUCUAGGAAACCUCACCCAGCUCACUGAGUUAGACCUUUCUGGUAAUGAUUUCGAUGGUCACAUCCCGUCUUCCAUCGGAGAUCUCAACCAGCUCAUAACACUUUCACUUCCGAUGAAUCAAUUAACUGGGCCAAUCCCAUCUUCUCUAGGCAAUCUUAGCAAACUAACUGCUCUAGAUCUUUCUUCAAAUAAUUUGCACAGUUCCAUUCCCGAGUCCAUAUCCAAUCUCACGAAUCUCGAGUAUCUUUAUCUAAAUAAUAAUAGUUUGAGCGGCAAAGUAAAUUUCCAAAUGUUUCAAAAGUUCCAAAAUCUCCUCGUACUGUAUUUAUCUGGAAAUAAAUUGGAAUUAUUGUUCGAAGAGACAAGGUUUCUGAAUGCAACAGCAACUUUUCCAAACCUAAUGACUCUAGGAUUGGGUUCUUGCAACAUAACAGAGUUCCCAAGGUUCCUAAGAUACCAAGAAAAUUUGAGGUGGCUCGAUCUUGCUGAGAAUGGAAUGCAUGGUCAAGUACCGAAAUGGAUGUGGAACGUAAGCACAGAAAAUUUGACAGUCAUGAACAUUUCUCAUAAUUACUUCCUUUCCGGCUUUGACCAACCUCCAGUUGUUCUUUCGUGGAGCGGCCUACAACUCUUGGAUCUCUCGUCCAACAUGAUUCAGGGAUCACCACUGAUACCUUCACCAUCCAUUGAGUACUAUCUGAUUUCAAACAAUAAGCUAAGUGGAAAACUUUUGCCUUUGAUUUGCAAUCUGACAUCUCUCAAUUACCUUGAUUUGUCAGAUAACAAGUUGAGUGGCAUGCUUCCGCAGUGUCUUGGGAACUUCAGUGAUAAUCUGGGAGUUUUAGACCUUGGAAACAACUCUUUUGAAGGCCAUCUCCCUCAAACAUACACCAGAAAUCUGACGAUGUUUGAUGCUAGUGAUAACAAAUUGCAGGGGACAUUACCAAGGUCAUUGGCGAAUUGCGUAAUGCUCAAAUUUCUUGUUCUGUCAAUUGUCAAACAAUGA